AUGGGUUUCCAUCUCUUCUUCGCUCAUUCUGCUCCUCCUCUCUCCUUCUCUGCUCCUCCACUCUCUUCUCUGCUCUUCUUCCCUCUCUUUCGCUUCCUUCCAGAAAUAUCUCUACUCUUUCUCUAUUAUACCUUGGAGGAGGUCCCCUCGCCCUCGACUGCUCUCAAACGCCUUGAAUCAACAGAAGGUAAUAAAGAAGAUCGGUUACUCACGGGCAUUAUUGUAUUUCAUUUUUGUUCAUUACAGGUGAGUGAUAUGUCACUCGUGGAUUACAUUGCCGUGGCUCCUGUGAAGCAUGCUACUUUUAUCCCACACACUGCUGGUCGGUACUCAAUAAAAAGGUUUCGUAAGGCUCAAUGCCCCAUUGUUGAGCGCUUGACUAACUCCUUGAUGAUGCAUGGUCGUAACAAUGGCAAGAAACUGAUGGCAGUUCGGAUUGUCAAGCAUGCCAUGGAGAUUAUUCAUCUUCUUACAGAUUUGAACCCAAUUCAAGUUAUUGUUGAUGCUGUCAUUAACAGUGGACCUAGGGAAGAUGCAACUCGAAUUGGUUCGGCUGGUGUGGUGAGACGUCAAGCUGUGGAUAUCUCUCCAUUGAGGAGAGUGAACCAGGCAGUAUACCUUCUCACUACUGGUGCUCGUGAGAGUGCUUUUAGGAAUAUCAAAACAAUUGCUGAAUGCCUUGCUGAUGAACUUAUCAAUGCAGCAAAGGGCUCUUCCAACAGUUAUGCAAUCAAGAAGAAGGAUGAGAUUGAACGAGUUGCCAAGGCAAAUCGCUGAUGGAUACUGUAGACCUAUAGGCUUGGAGUC